UAAUUCAUGAUUUUUUGUUGUUAUGUUGUGAGUUUGUCGAUCGCGAGUUUUGUUGCGCGACGAGACGUUAUCGAUCGUCGACAACGACUUAGCGUUGAUUUCUGUUCUGAUCGAUCCACUUGACUGCUUCUCAUAUACAGAGAGCUGGCCGCCUAGCCUAGGCCAAGUGACAGAAGUAGAAUUUACGAAUUCUGAAAUUCAGUUUACGGAAUGAUACCGAAUGACAUUCGAUUUAUGUGCAAGUAUACUCAUCAAUUACAGUUGAAAGGAAUAUAAACAGGGAGAGCAGCUGAUGUAUUGAUUCCUAUUUCCUGGCAAGUUGCCAAUAUGGGACAGGCAAAAGGUGAUUAGCAUAAUUAUGGGAAGUACAUGUUCAUCCCAAAAUAAUACAGCUGUUACUUUGGAACCAAGAAAACACAUGGGGAAUCGUCAAGGCAAGACCUCAUCCAGUAAUGUUGACCCACAUAAAGGGAAAGGGCCUGCUCCGAAACCAGAGCCAGCGCCGCCUGCUGUCGAGCCCAAACCGGUUAAGCAGAAGCCUGUAGAGCAACCACCACCACCUCAGCAAUUACCACCGCCCAAGAUUGAGCCUGUUCAUGCUCCAAAAGAGUGCUUGCCUAGCUUGGAAAAUUACAGAGAAGAUGUGCAGAAAUUGUUGUUUGGACAGUUGGGCUUUGUCAAAAGUUGGCCCAAACCAAGAAUGAUUCGCAUGUUUAUCAGUGCUGUUGCAGUUGAUUCGGAUUUAGAAAGAAGCAUUUUCUGGAACAAUAUCUAUCCUACAUUGCGAUCUCACUGCUCUGAGGUCGGCUACGAAUUUCUGGCCAUUGACCCAAAUGAAGGAACCUGGGAUAAUCUCAUACACGACAAAAACACCCACGAUAUUUGCUCAAGUGUGAUCCGUGAAUGCCAAGCAAAAUCGACUGGUCCUAACUUUCUGUUAUUUUUAAAUCAGAAGCAUGACCGCUGCAUCUGCCCACUGAAGAUUCGCUCCACUGCAUUUGACCGAUUGCAGAAGAAGGUCGAUGAAGAACAAAAGGCGUUAAUUAACCGUUACUACUAUGAUGACACCAAUGCCAUUCCCCAGGUCCACAUUUUACAACCACCGCACGAAUCAUGCGAAGAUUAUGCUAAUUGGCCAGCCACGAAGGAACGUAUUUGUUCGAUCAUGCGAAGUUGCUGGGGCAAAGAAGAAAAAGAUAUUUACAUGGCAUCAGAUAUUGAGAUGGAGGUGAGUGACGGAAUCUUUAGUCCCACCAGUAUUAAAGAAGGUAUGGUUUGGGUGCACAGAGUUCUUGAUGACAUCGACUCUACCGACAACGUUGCAUGGAAGUAUCUUGAUCUCGUCGGGGACUCCAAGGAACCAGACGAGCAUUCUCAAGAACAGCUGAGUCAACUAACUCGUCGUUUAGCAGAGCAGGUUAUUGAAUCACAUUUCAUAAAGUUGAGGGUUCCUUGGAAAGAAGGAGGCCUAUCUCCUGAGACUCAUAAAGAUCAUGAACAAUAUGUUGAGGCAUUGAAAUCGACAUUAUUAAAGCAGCUCCUAGAAAUUAUUGAUAAAUCCAUUGCUGAGAAGCAACGAAUAGAUGAGGAGAUGCAAGUGAAAAAAAUUAGUAACAGAUUGUUUGAAGAGAUCCAGCAUCACAUUUUCAUCGCUCAACGCCACUGUAAGAAUUUUGUUGGGCAAGGAGAUAUUCUGGAAGACCUGAAGAACCAUUUGACAAGUGAUUCUAAACAGGUGUUGCUCUUACAUGGUGCUAGCGGUAGUGGCAAGUCAGCCUUAGCUGCAAAGAUUGCCAAAGUGUGCCAGCGAGAUCCCAUGGCUUGCGUUUUACGAUUCGUUGGAGCAUCAGCGGCAUCUAGCAACUUGAACUCUGUACUACAGAGUGUUUGUGAACAACUUGCACACAUAUACCAAGAACAUGUGUCUAUUGCUUAUAAAGGUGCUGAUAAACUUGGCAAUGUUUUGUCCCAACUACUAAAGAAGGUAUCACCAGAGCGACCAGUUUUGAUCAUUCUCGAUGGACUGGAGAGAUUCGACCUAGACAUCUCUUGGCUCCCUACCACUCUACCAUCCCACGUUAAAUUAUUAUUAACCUGCACAAGUUCAACGCAAACAUAUGAUAAAAUAAAGUCCCAUCUAGGUAAACAGGUUACGGAAUUGGAUAUCCCUGGAUUAGACGAGAAAACAAUGAAAAAUUUGAUAGAACGUCGUUUACAUUCAAAGGGCAGAACAUUAAAUGAUGAACAAUUUACAUUUUUAAGCAACAAGUUUGAAAAACAACCACUGCCGUUGUUCUUACACAUGGCCUGCUAUGAGGCAAGUCGUUGGCAUAGUUUUACACCAAGCAAUGAACUCAAACUACAGGCUAGCCCCAAAGCCCAGGGCGAGGCAAUGUUUGAAAGCCUAGAGAAACGAUAUGGGCGGACUUUAGUAUCGUGUGCUAUGGGACAUUUUUGUGCUGCUAGGUACGGACUCUCUAAUGUUGAGAUGAAUGAUAUAUUGUCGAGUAAUUCCACACUUUUAAAAGAUUUGAAAACUGAGCGUUUACCAACGUUGCUUUGGGAAACUAUACUCUUUGAAUUGGAACCAUUUAUUCAAACAAAUAUUAAUAACAGUAUUUGUUUACGUCAGUUUUGUUACCCAGUCAUUCUGGAGACUGCAAAGAAACGUUAUUUGGACACAAAUGAGAAACAAUUAGCUCUCCAUUCCAGUUUGCGUAAUCACUUUUUAAAACAACAUGAUACGUGCGGAAAAAUGCCAAAUAUUAGAAGAAUGCAGGAAUUACCAUACCAUGCCUUUAAAUGCGGAGACAAAAAGUUCAGUGACGUUUACAUUUGGGACCUAGAGUGGCUUAGUACAAAGCUUAGUCACUGUGGAGUCUAUGAGGUACUUGAAGAUAUUUUGUUAGGUCUCCAAUCUUAUCCCAACGAUUUGGAUCUCAAACUUUUACAAGAUGUGCUGCAAGUCUCGGCCUAUGCGCUUGUUUGCGACGGCCUUCAAUUAAUUCCUCAGAUUCAGCAAAGACUGGGCGAUAUGUUAAAAGGACAACAAAACAAAUACCCUCGUAUGAUUUCUCUGUGCAAUAUGGCCAACCGGCCACCUUUUUCAAAUUUUUUGCCCUCUAACAUAUGUUUGCUACCGUUAAAUAGUUCAGAAAGGUUAGAAACCUCGCAAGGGUGUGACCUCACCGCUAUAUUUCGUAUAAAGGGUGAUGACAAGCAUAUGGUUUCUGUAUCGAGUGCUAAAGGAGAGGUGUCUGUUUGGAAUGUUGCAACGCAAAAAGCUGUGCGUACAUUGACAAAUGUUGAUAAACCGCUCAACAUACAUUGCAUAGAUAGGUACAAGGUAAUCAUCUUGUGUAAUCGUGUGCUCAAAAUAUACAAUCUUGAUACCGGUGAAUUAGAAACCAAAUUGAAAGGAACAAUGAACAUUCAAAUGCCGUACUUUGCUUUGCAUGAUGAAGAGCAUGUUGUAGCGUUGUCUCGGAAUCGUAUGACUGUUAAUAUUAUAAAGCGGUCUACGGGUGAUGUUGUUUCCACUUUCAAGGUCGGAGAAGAUCGUUUCCUGAACAGUCUGUUGGUCAGUGAAAAUGGCGAGAAGUGCGUCUGUGGGGAUGAAACCCAAAAGCCGAGCCCGCUUUUAGUGUGGGAUUUGAACAAUCGUAAGCUUGUCCAUGAUCUACGCAUCCCGCAGCACGAGUUUAUCACAAAGAUGUCAUCAAUAUCCAACGAUGGGCACUACGUUGUUUGUGUCAUUAAGGAGCUCGGCGAUUCUAGCCCCAACUUUGUGAUAGUUUACGAUCUUCAGAGCGGGCAGUUGUUUAAAAAGUGGAAGCCUCACUGUAACACGACAGCUGUGUUUGUAUCAGUAGAAGGUGGCUGUGUUGUGAAUGCACUGGAGGAUAGCAGCUUGAUUGUCUGGGAUUUAUCAUCAGGAGGCAGCAGGCAUACUUUACGUGGACACACAAACCCUAUUGAUAGCAUCUACCUUUCCCAGGAUGGAACUCGUUGCUUAACAUUCGACAGUUCACAAAAAGAUCGUACAAUACGUGCCUGGGACUUGCAUAGUGGUCAACGGCUUGCAAGUUUUACCCCUGAUGAGCCGAUCAGCUGCUGUCAAAUCUCCGCUGACGGAUCCUGUGCUGUGAUUGGUCUACCAAGUCAGAACACCAUCGUCACGCUCUGGAUCCGAAAUAAAGAUUCUGCGGAUAUUCCCACAGAGACAAGUUCUUACGGCGACUCUGCACUUAACGGCAAAGUGUAUAAGCUGGGAGAAUAAGACUUGGUUUACAUGCAGGGUUUUGUUCCAAUGCACAGUGUGGGAUGUGAAUGCUAGUGAGCCCUCGCCUGAUGUGAGUCAGGCCCUCUCUCUGAGCCAACCUGUAUUGUAGGUGAAUGCACCUUGAUGCUUGUACAUAUAGAUCUUAUAGAUCCCCAUGUACAAAUUCAUGUUAGUUGACAGUGGCUGUGGCGUUAUUAGUGUCAUCUAGUUAUUGUGGUGGUUUCAGCAUGCUCUUGUUACGUGAACGUGCCAAAAUUAUUCAUAUUUAGGUAUUCAAAGACUGCUCCUUAUCAUGUUUACUGUGUCAUAUUGUCAAGAUAUAUCCAAGAAAAAACAUUUUUUUAAAUGCAGAUUUAUUAAUCAAUUAUAUUUAAUUAUAUCAAUUAUAUGUAUUCAAAAAUAUGCAUUCAAUUAAUGAUAUUCAAAUUCAAAUUUAUAUUGACCAAUCUUAAUUCAUUUGGAUGAUAUAUUGACCAAUCAGAAUUCAAUGAAAGGAGAUACUGACCAAUCAUUAAUCAUGGAAAAGAUAUAUUGACCAUUCCGAAUUUAUUUAUUUUCUACUAUUUAUUCAUUGCUGAUGUAUUCUUUUCAAUAAAUAUAUUGACAAAUCAGGAUUAUUUAAAGAUAUUUAUUGACCAAUCAGAUUAUUAUUAAAAUGGGCAUUCUUUAAUCAUGCUUUAAUCAUAACUAAUGUAUUCUGUUAAUCAUAAAAAAUCUAUAGAUGCGUAGGAGGAAUUUAUUUUUUAUUAACUCAAUAAUUCAACAGUGCAUCUUAUUAGUUUGGCUAUACAUCGUCAGUAUUCAUUAUUAACGUAGAAAGAGCUAAGCUCUUUGUUGAAUGUUGUCGGGGAGAUCGUUUGAUCGGUGACGCUGUAUCUUGGACAUAACUUGACAUUUAGACUCGGUAUCAUAAAGUUGAGCUAGGCUUUUGAUAACAGUAUUCCAGUGUUUGUAUUCAAGUGUCUGAUUAAAUAUAAAUCAGUUUCAGAGCUUUGUACACAUAACAUGUGUAUGAGCUCAAUGUUGUGUAUUAUAGUGACUAAUAUUUAAGCUUCGUAAUAAGAUUUGUCAUUAGUAAAAAUAAAUAGCUCAUUAGAAACUAAGUCACUUUAUAAUCAGGAAAAAUAUGAUAGGCUGAAAAUAGAUUGCAUAAACAAUAUGAUAUUGCAGCAUUAUCAAUUUGAUUACGGUUAAUUUUAGUGAUUAUUAUAAUAAUGUAAUUUGUUUUACAAACUUACCUCCUUGGAUUGGCUUGAUUUCAUGAUCAACCAGGUAAAUUAUGAUUAUAUUCCAAAGAUUAUAAAAUAAUUAUAGGCUACACAAGAUAAUGCAUAGUAAGAAAUGUUUGGUACCAAAUCUAACAUUGGUGCUUGGUGCAGAUUAAAAUUAGUCAGCUGUUUGUUGUUGGCACCAUGUCCUAUAAUAUACCAUAUACAGUUAGUCAUUGGUGUUUGACACCAUUGUCAAAUUUAAAUGGUAGGUCCAUCUGGUCAUUAGUGAGUUGACACCAGGUUUAAUUGUAAAUCCUUCUCAGUUACAGCUUCAUAAGCAGAACAUUUUCAGUCCCUUAAUAAAGCUGUGCUUACUGUAGAUGACAUGUUAUUAAUAUACAUACUGUAUGACCAAAAAUGUAAAUUUGGUAUUUUAGAACAAUCUGUCCAUAGUGAUUCUUUCUAUUAAUAAUUUCAACUUAAAAUCAUGUGAAUGUUAUCAGAGUAAAUGGAAAAGUGGCAUUUUCCAAUAACCUAGGUAUGACAAUUUCGGCUGUAUUAUUUUAUUUGUAUUUGUGUAUUAUGGACAUUCUCUGUAGUUUUUUUAGGAAAUCAGGAGUAUUUUAUUAGCAGCAGUGUUUUUUGCCUGAGGUUUUUACAUUAUGUAUAUACUAUAGUGUGUGAGCGUGUGUGUGAGUUUUUUCCUUUAUUUUUAUUUAAAUUUUAAAAAUUGUGAAAUUUAAUAUUUGAUGUGAAGACUGCUGAUUUUAUUGUAAUUUUAUUUGAUUUUGCAGAAUAGUUUGAGUAGGUUACUGCAAGUGUCUUCAUUUUAGGUCAAAUAUUUUUAUUUUUUUUUCUGAUUUGAAAACUUAAGAACUGUGAAUUGAAUUCAGGACAUAAUGUGUAAAUCAAUCUAGGUUGAAUUGAAAUGGAGUGGGGUUGUUAAUUAGUGACAGAUUUUCUUGUAUAUAAUAUGAAAUACAACUAGAAACUAUGGAUCAACAGUUUUAUAUUGAAUAGUAGCCCAAAAUAGACACCGUCUGAUUCUUCAAUCACUAAAAUUAUGAAUUUUAAGGCAUGCUUAUAACAACAACCCAGUUUAUGACUGCAGUGGAGUUGAAAGGCUUGGUGGUUAAGAUGCUUGCCUUCCAAUCCCAGGGUCCUGGGUUCAAAUCCUGUGGCAGCAGAUUUUAUCUCAUGACUAAAAACAACGCCACUCCCUAAGCCUCGAUACAAGACUUAGUUAUUAAAGCAUAACUGUGCCUUAGGGAAAACAGUAGGUAUCUACUGAAUUGAAUUUUAAAUUUUAUGACAUACUCAUAACAACCCUUUUCAUGAGGUUACCCUAACAAUUCUGCUCAUUAUAUGCUCAUAGCAUCCAUUGCUUACUUGUUGCUCAGCAGUUUGACGACCAUCAAUCUCCAUCCCCUUGCAUCUUCUGCCUUUCUCUCGCAUUCCCCAUAUUUCAACUUUUUCCAGUUUUUGGUGUUGCUUAUGAAACUUAUCCUUUGCCUACCUCUUCUUGUUUUUAACCUUUCAAUUUCCCUCCAGAAAGUUCUCUUUGUCAUCCAUUUCUUCUUAUUACUGUUUUGAUUAAGUCAUAACAACCAUUGCUAAUGACUUGAUCAUAACCAAUUUCUUAUAACUUGCUCAUAAUAACCCCUGUUCAUGACAUACUUAUUAUAUAAGACUCACAAUGCACAGGGCUUAUGGCUUAUGAAUGCAUACUAACUUGCUCAUACCAAGUUAGUAUGCUUAUGACUUAAUCAUCUUUUUAGAAAUUGCUCAUUACAACCAGUACUUAGAACUUGCUCAUAACAACUAGUGCUCAUAGCAACCAGUGCUUAUGACUUGCUCAUAGCAGUUAUAGUUCUCAUUAGUUGCUCUUAACCCCUGCUCAUAACAACCCCUCAUUGGGACACUCUUAUUUGAGCAAGUAUUCAACUUGAUUGUAACAAGCAGUUCUCAUAAAUUCAUUACAUGCUCGUAACUACUUGUGCUCAUAACUCGUGCUUGCAACUACCUCUGCUCAUAACAACCUGCAUAUGAAAUGCUCACAACUACUUUGAUGAUAUAAAAUCAACUGUACUAUUAUAUAUACAGGUUAAUGCAUUGUCAUAUCGUUAUUCCUAAUGACAUAAGUGUUCUCUUAAUAUAUCUUCUUGUUGACGUCCUUGGUAUUCAAAUGCAAGUGUUAACCAUCCGAACAGGUUUUUAGGUUGUAAAAAACAACUGAUACAAUAUGCCUAGGCAUUUACCAUUCACCAUCAAUAUAAACAAUUUUAUCUAUUUAUGAUUCAUGUGUGUUAAUUUUAAUCCCUUUCCCCUUACAACUUGACAGUGAACCUCUGUAUAUGUUGGUGUUCAAAUCAACUACAACUGGACCUCAUCCACUGAAUCAUGCCAAAAUUACUUUUGUAUUAUAUGCAAAUUUGGUUGUACAUUUUCAGUCAAUUUUACGUUAAUUUUUUUUUUCUUAAGGAGAAAGUUUCUGUUGAUUAAACUAGAUUUAGUUUCUAAUACAGAUCUAGAUUAGUCUAGAUUAGAAUGAUAUUUUAGUUGGACACAAUCCAAAAAAAAAAAUAAAUAAAUAAAAGCCAUAUGAAAUCAAUCGCACAACUUAUGACUUAAGUUGACAUUGAAUUACCUCAUACCAUUUUCUAUAAAGUUGUUUACAUUGUUAAAAUUAGAUAUACUUGGAGGUGAACUGAGGUUGUGUUUGUGAUCAUGAUUAUUGCAUCUCCGAUUCGGUUAGCGUAGUGUUGGUAUUACACCAGUCUAGCACUAUAUGAACAAACCAAUGGAUUCUUCAAUACUGUUCACAAUAAUAAACAGAUAUAGGUAUAAAUGCUUGUUAUCUGCGCAGGCCAGUGCUGGCGGCGGCGUCAGGGGAAAUUUUCCUCCCAUUGGACAGGCCUGGAUCCCCUUUUCGUCCGAUGCCACAACGGGUCAUCAGAUCUAAAAUAAAAAAAUAAAUUUCCUAUCCAGAUAACAUUAUUUUAUUUGCCAAUCCUAAAUAUUGUGUUCUAAAAGCACAAUUUGGACUAGACCUUGACCGAGGCUCUUGUUGGCCCUUGGCUCAGACCCCUCUGUCAGACAUGUCGGUCUUUUGCCUGCAAAAUUCAGAUUUUUAGUGCUAACAUUGUAAUGAUUCAGAAAGAAACAGCCUUGCCCCAUUUCACAAGAGUAUAUCCUUGCUGAGCCACUAGGGCUCGUAGGGCUGCAGCUUAUCCCCUUUUUUGGUGGCCUUGAAAUAUUUGAGUUGGAAAUAAUUAAACCAACUAAUUAAGAUAAUUAGUCUCAAACUAGAAUCACAUGGUGCAUUUAUUUUGACCAUUUAUUAUUAAUAGUCUGCAAAAUAUACGAAAGAUUUUCCUUGUAUAACCUAUUGCAAAUGUAUUACUUGAUAUAUAUAAAAAGAUUUAUAUAUGGAGGACAUUAUAAUCUAUUUCUUAAAUGGUUAAGUCAUGUUUUAAUAUUUGUACUAAACUUUGAAAUAUUAGGAACAGCAGAAUAAUGAUCGCGCGGGUUUAUUGUAUUUCCAUUAUUGGACGUGUUUGUGUUGCUUAGUGUCUUAAGGUAUAAUCUUUAUACAUAGUUAAUUGCUCUAUUUGCAAAUAUUUCGAACAUUUGAGACAUCUGUACCCCUAUAAUAUAGCUAUGUGAUUAAAAAAAAAUCUUGAGUUGUUGAUUCCAAUGCUAAUAAAACCAACUGUUACACAAAAAA